AUGCCUCCCAGACUCAACACCGGGCCGGACGGAUCCCUCAAUCUUCCUCACUCGCGUUCUCAUCCUUCGCCCGCCCUUCCUACCGCGACCACAUGCGACUCCAACAUCUCCGACUACAUUGGAAGCGGAACCAGUAGCCCUGGACUGAGCCCCGGGCUCGACCAGCGCCUGGCUGAAUUUGAUGCAUUGCGCAACGGCGACGACGACCACUUCGAACACGACGACUACGACGACGACGACGACGCCAUGAGCGACUCUCACCGAAGACCUCCCCUCCUGCGGAACCACGACUCUCGCUCGGGACAGCCUCUCCUUAAACCCAAAUCCGACGACGACCACCUCGACGAUCGCGGUAGAAAUGUCUAUUCCACUCGCUCCCGCGGCGCCAGCCCCUUGCUGACCCCCAACCGACCGACCUUCUCCCGCGGCUCGACCCUGCGAGCGCAUUCUCCUUCCACGGUCAAGGCCAACGCGCGCAAAAAGUACAUCUAUGCCGCCUUCUUCCUCGUUCUGAGCUUGUUCUCCUUCGUCAUCCAGACGGAGCUGUCGGCCUACAUCCAGCAGGAGCUCGGCUGGGACAAGGCGUACUGCAUGCUCUACCUCACCCACGGCUCCUGGUCCAUGUUGUGGCCUGCUCAGCUGCUCAUCCUGCGCAUUCAGAAGCGCAACGUCCCCUGGAACGCCUUCUGGCGCCGUCACACCGAGCUGCUUCACAGCACCGCCAUCAUGGUCCAGGACCAGACCCUCGACUGGAUGCGCCCCAGGCCCCAGACUCGCAUGUCGCCUAUAUUCUACCUCAUUAAGACUACCGCCUUCGUCACCACCGCCCUGACAAUAGCUGGCUUCAGCUGGUACGUCGCCGUCAACAUGACGACCCCCUCCGACCUGACGGCCAUCUACAACUGCUCGGCCUUCUUCGCCUACGUCUUCUCGGUUCCCUUGCUCAAGGAGCCCUUGCGCCUUGACAAAUCUCUCGCCGUGCUCGUGGCCAUCGCCGGCGUGCUCAUCGUCGCCUACGGUGACACAAGUCCCGGAGAGGACGACGCCGCCCACCAAAACGCCGCCGGACAGCGCCUGACCGGCAACCUUGUCAUCGGCAUCGGUUCCGUGCUCUACGGACUCUACGAAGUGCUGUACAAGCGCUUCGCCUGCCCGCCCGAUGGCGUCGCCCCGGGCCGCGGCAUGAUCUUCGCCAACACCUUCGGCUCAUGCAUCGGCGCCUUCACGCUCACCGUCCUCUGGAUCCCGCUACCCAUCCUGCACUGGACCGGAAUCGAGACCUUCUCCCUGCCGACCGGCUACACCGCGUGGAUGCUCCUCGCUAGCGUUAUUAUGAACGCGACCUUUGCGGGCAGCUUCCUGGUCCUCAUCAGCCUGACGAGCCCGGUCCUGUCUAGUGUGGCGAGUUUGCUGACCAUCUUCAUCGUCGCGAUUACGGAUUGGUUCAGGACGGGCGAGCCCCUCAGCUUCGCGGCGAUGCUGGGCGGCGUCAUGAUCAUGGUCGCCUUCGGCAUGCUGAGCUGGAGCACGUGGCGCGAGAUGACGGAGAUCGAGGCCACCAAGGCUGUCGACCUCACCGACAGCGGCGACGACAGCGACAGGGACGAGCGCCAGGACUAG